AUGGCUUUUGUUCAAGAACAAAGGAGAUGCCCCUCUCUCUUAGCAGCACCAUUCCUCCUCUACAGUUGCUCAUCUCUGUGUCGCUCCACCAGACAGCAACAGUAUAUGCUUUACAAGGAGAUGGAAUCUGCAGAUGAAUAUUAUUUUGAUGUGAAGAAGUCUGUGUCUCAGUCCCAUAAACAGGAUUCCUUCUCAACUCUGUCUAUUGGUCAAUCUCAUUAUGAAGCUUCUGCUGUGGAAAGAGCCAAGUCUUACAUGCAAAAUAUUGCAUGUCAGGCAGAUUACCAUGAACCUCACAAGAUGAAAGGGGAGGGCUUCAUCAAUCCAUCUCUUCUGUAUGGAAAUGCAGAUCACAUCGCUCAUCAAGUUCAAUCGGAUCAAAAUCAGUCAAUGGCUCACAUAUCCUUUCCUUUGUCUGAAUCUUACUUCGGCCAGCUCGUGGUUGCUUAUAGCCCAAAUGCUGUUCUAUAUCCUCCCAUGGAGGGGAUCACAUCUGCAAGAGUUGCUCUUCCUCUUGAUUGUACAGAAGGCAUGCCCAUUUAUGUCAAUGCAAAACAACACCAUGCCAUCCUUAGACGUCGACAAAUCCGAGCCAAGCUUGAGGCUCAGAAUAAGCUGGCCAAAUCAAGAAAGCCAUAUCUUCACGAGUCUCGACAUCUUCAUGCAUUAAGGAGGGCUAGGAGUUCCGGAGGGCGCUUUUUAAACACAAAGAAUACACAAAAAUUGAGGCCUUCACCCCAAACUUUUCAUAAAAUCCUCUCUGAACAACAGUUCAGAGAAGACAUAUCAGACGCUGAUAUUCAGAACUCAGAAAGCAGCAGUUGGGGUGCCUCACCUGCUAACUCUGAUGUCUGA